GAAUAAGGAAGUGACAGAGAGACGCGGAUGUAAUUUUAUAAUUAAAUAAUGCAUUUAUGAUGUUGUUAGGAUGAAAACAUGAAGUUAGGACAACCAGUUAGCUAACGUUAAGCUUUACAUCAGUCAUGUUUGUCCUAACGUUACUUCUACCGCUAAACGCAACCGGACGGACUUCCUUGUUUACUUUCUGACAAACCUGAAAAGAAACCAACGAUGGAAAACAGACAGUCGGUUUAUUCAUUUAUUACAGCGACGAUUCUUAUAAGCGUCCCUGUGGUUUCAGGGGCCCAGCAGCCUCACAUCGUGUUCGUCCUGGGGGAUGACUUUGGCUGGUAUGAUGUCGGCUACCACAGGUCAGAGAUCAGCACCCCGUACCUGGACAAGCUGUCUGCCGGAGGAGUCCGCCUGGAGAACUACUAUGUUCAGCCUCUGUGUACCCCCUCCAGGAACCAGCUCAUGACCGGGAGGUACCAGAUCCACACAGGCAUGCAGCACCAGAUCAUCUGGCCCUGUCAGCCGUACUGUGUGCCUCUGGAGGAGAAACUGCUGCCCCAGCUGAUGAAGGAGGCGGGCUACGCCACACACAUGGUGGGCAAGUGGCACCUGGGCAUGUACAAGAAGGACUGCCUGCCCACACGCCGGGGCUUUGACUCUUACUUUGGCUACCUGACAGGCAGCGAGGAUUACUACACUCAUGUCCGUUGUAAUCCCAUCACCGCUCUGAACCUGACUCGCUGUGUGUUGGACCUACGGGAAGGAGAGGAGGUUGCAACCGGAUACAAAGGACAUUAUUCCACUGAGCUGUUCAGCCAGAGGGCCAUCAGCGUCAUUGAAAAACACGACUCUAACAAGCCACUCUUCCUCUAUGUGGCGUUGCAAGCAGUCCAUUCACCCCUGCAGGUUCCAGAGCGCUACAUGGCCCCCUACAGUUUCAUCAAAGACCCCCAUCGCCGGCUGUAUGCUGGCAUGGUGUCGGCCAUGGACGAGGCCGUGGGCAACAUCACUCUAGCUUUGCAGCGGGGGGGACUCUGGGACAACACGAUCCUAGUGUUCUCAACAGAUAACGGAGGUCAGACGCUGUGCGGUGGCAGCAACUGGCCACUGCGAGGGAGGAAGUGGUCACUGUGGGAAGGAGGGAUCCGGGGAGUUGGAUUUGUCGCCAGCCCACUACUGAAGCAACUCGGCACCAUCAGCCACGAACUAAUCCACAUCUCUGAUUGGCUGCCAACGCUUGUUGGCCUGGCAGGAGGGAGCACUAACGGUACAAAGCCACUGGACGGUUUCAACAUGUGGGACACAAUCAGCAAAGGGUUUGCCUCGCCCAGACUGGAGCUGCUGCACAACAUUGACCCUCUGUAUACCGACAUCGCUCCAUGUCCUGGCAUGCAGCGUCGGUUAACUUUGGCUCAGGUGGUCAAUAGAGGCUCCGCGGCCAAGUCUGGCUUCAAUGUGUCCAUUCACGCGGCCAUUCGAUCCUCAAACUGGAAGCUGCUGACGGGCUACCCAGGUUGUGACGUUUGGUUCCCCCGGCCCGGCCACAACAGCUCUGAGUCGAGCCCCUCGAAGGUGGAUCCACUGAAGUCCGUAAUGCUGUUUGACAUAGAAAAAGAUCCUGAGGAGAGGAAUGAAGUAUCUGCCGAUUUCCCCGAAGUAGUGGAGUAUCUCCUCAAAAGGCUCGAAAAACACCAGAAAACUGCUUUGCCAAUAAACUUCCCCGCUGACGACCCCAGAUGUGACCCGGGCCCCACUGGAGCCUGGGGACCCUGGGCUUAGACGGCAGUGACACUGAUUAAGCUUUGUUCACCGUGUUUGCUGUGAAUUACAACAGCGGGAACCUCUUCUGUGGAGAAGAGACAUUUGUUAUCUCCAUUAUGAUGUUUUAUUUAUAUAUAUAUAUAUAUAUAUAUAUAUAUAUAUAUAUAUAAAAAUAUAAAAAAUAAGUGCCCUUAUUAUUGAUGUCUGUGUCCCAGCUCGGAAAGGUUUUCAGAGGUUUAGUUAAAGCAAUUACCUAAAGCUGCACAUGUUGCUGACUUGUGAAGACCAUCUCCCUGCCGUUUCAGGUAUUUGCAUCUUAUUUAUCAAUUGUUGGGAAGCUGCCGGCUUGGUUUACAAUUGUCAAACACAAAGCUGUGCAGAAAUAAUGGGUUGUUUUCAACCUGAAAAAAUCUUUUCAAUAACUAAACUAGUACAGCUAUUUUUUAAUGAUGACAUUUCCAGGUGAACCCUACCCCCACCCCCGGCACCCUGUAUGCAGGAUAAGCGGUUGACAAUGAGUGAGUGUACUGGAGAGAGCAACAUGUCAUAUUGUCCACUAAGGCAGUGGUUCUCAAACUUUUGUCUAUCAUGCUCCCAUUCAGAAGCCAAAAGAAGUUCAAACGUGGAUUUAAGUUUUAUCGAGCAUUGACAAUACAGGUGAUUGAAAUAAACCAGAAUUAGGUUAGCAAAAUAGUCUUGCUAGCACCAGAGCACUUUUGUUUGUUUAUGUCACCACAUGAAUCAUAUUCAUACAACUUUAGGUCCGCUCAGCAUCCACGACCCCCCUGAAGUGGCUCUGCGCCCCCCAAUUUGAGAACUAAGAUUUCUUCAAACGUACAAAUUGCUGAUGUUACACGGGGAGUCGGUGGAGACCAAAACGGAGCCAAAAGACUUGCAUUCGCCAGGUUGCCAGAAACACGACUACAAAUUAAUCAUAAUGUUACUCCAUAUCUGCUGGAUCUGUAAAUCGGUUUGCUUAUUAUGUUUAUUUAUGAUGUGAUUAAUAUGUCUGUGUUGCAUUUACAGCUUGUUACAUUGCACCCAAAUGGCCAAAUAAUUAAUUAUUACAGGUUUAAAAUAUGUUUUUAAAAUGACAUGCUUUAUAUUAAGUGUGCUCUACUUCAUUUUAACUGUGCACACCAAUAUUUGUAAGUGCCUACUGGUUUAUAUGUUUUGUUCUGGAAAAACAAAACAAAUCGCAAUAAAGAGGCUAAAGUGUUGGGAAAGUAUUUGUAAAA